CAGCGCCUGACCCGAGCCGUCUCCCCUUAUCAAGCCAACUCCUGAACACUUCUUCUAAAGGUUUCCAGCUGCUCAGAUGAAACAAAUUUUCCUCGUCACUCUCACGCUCUCUUUAACCCUCCGAAAGUAACGCCAUCCCCUGCCACAUGUCAAAAUGAUCAAUGCUGCUGGUCUUCUGCGUGAAACCCAUGCCCUGGUUAGUCGCGCGGGUGGCAUUCAUGUCCCUCCAGAAGUAAUCGCCAGUUGGCCGACUCCCAACUACAUCUCCCCAGUGCAAAGGACAUGGGGCGCCCCAGUAGCUCUAUCUAUCUUGUUGGUGGUAACGCUUCUCGUCUAUGCCGCCCGCAUGUGGGCACGGCUGACCAUGACCAAAAACGCUGGUGUCGAUGAUGUUCUUAUAAGUAUAUCGAUGAUAUUCUUGAUCGCACUAUCUAUUUCGACAAUUCUCGGCGUAACAAUUUAUGGCUUCCAAUGGCAUAUGUGGGAUCAAACACCGGCAACCAAAACUACCACAACUUACGUCACCAUGGCAAUCGAACUCAGUUACAUGAUUUCCACGACUCUCAUAAAAAUAUCAAUUUUGCUCUUCUACCGCCGGCUAACUGGAUCUUUAACUAACCGGUUUAUUUACCUAGUAUGGAUAUGUAUAGUAGCUUGCAUUCUAUACUUUGUUUCUUUUAUCAUCCUUAUCUUUUUCGCCUGCUCUGUAGCUGUUGGACGAAAGGAUUGUGCCGAAGAAGGACCAUUGAUAGUCUCUGUCACGACUGUUUCAACAGUACAAGACCUUGUUAUCUGCCUUCUUCCUACUUUCCUUAUUCGUAAUCUUCAGAUGCCCAAAACCCAGAAGCUUGCAGUCUGUGGUAUCUUCGGCUUAGGUCUUGUGACUACAAUAUGCGGUAUUAUGAGAUUAUAUUAUUCAGUCUAUCUUUACUAUUUUACGUACGAUGCGACAUGGUACGCGUAUUACGGCUGGAUUUGGACCGUACUCGAAGCCGACCUAGCCUUAAUCUGUGCGUCAGCUCCAGCACUUCGAGUCUUUUUCCGCCACUCUCUAGGCCUAAUGUCUUCCCACACUGGUAAUCCGCGAUCUGGCGCUAACAAAACAUCCCCUGGCAUUCUGUCAAAUCGAGCAACCCACUCAGGACCCUUAACACGGAAUGAUGGCAGCAAAGAUCUGGAGUCUAAAGGAGACAACAUUUACUUAGACAGUAUAUUAGUCGAGCGGGGUUUGAGCAGCACAACCCAAGAGAGGGAUGAUGCAAGCCAGAAGAGCGAUUCCAGCACCCGGAACCUUACAACUAUAAUUCAUGGGCCUAUGUCGAAGUAA